UCUUUUCUUCUCCACUGCGAUCCGCUACAUAGUGUUUCAGAUCUGCAAGUAAAAUUGCAGUUGUACCCCUCUCCGUCUACACCUUGGAAUUAAAACAGCUUACAAAUAAUAAUGGAUACAGCUUGAAGAUGGAAGACUGAAUGGCAGCUGUAGGAUUGAUUUGCAGUUAAAAGGUUCCUUUUGCUUUUCAAGCCUCCUCUAGAGCUGCAUGCAAAACAAAUACUCUUAUUAAAGGAUUCUUGCUUUACGUCGAUCCAGCCGAUUGCUUCUGGCUCUGGUUUGAUGCUGAGCUCUAUCACCUUGGGAUCUCUUAGGCAUUUACAAGUAAAAGAAUUUUAAAACCAAAAAAAAAAAAAAAGGAUGCUGCUACUUCAUGAGAAGUGGGUCAUGGAUCUGAGAAGAUGACUAAGAGAGAGGAAAAAAGAGCCUGUAAAAGAGGAGCCUAGUUAUUUUUAAAUGUCCCUCUUCUUUCAAACCCUGAAUGACAGACAUAUUAAUAAAACUACUUGGAAGCCUGCAUUUUACAUGGAAACAGUUUCAAGAGUUGCUUUUGCCUGGUGUAAAUGAGUCAUUUUUACAAUACUAACAGAGGGGCAAAAUGGAUAAAACUCUCUUCCUCCUUGCUUUGCAGGUUACGGUUUUAAAAGGAUUAAGACAACCUCUCUUAUACAUUCUGCUGUGGGCUUAGAAAUUAUGAGUUCAACUGUUCAACUGCGAGGUACGGCUUCUCUGUUUUCUUUUAAACUAAAAAUCUGACCGGCCUUCCGCGAUAACUCCCAGACGAAUGAAUUGGACACAUUGCUCUGUGCCAGACUGAUUUCUGCCUGGAAGAUUAGCGGAGGUACAAACUACGCAGCAUGCUGAGAAAGCACUGCACAAAAAAGAGAGAGAAGAAUGAUCUUUUGAUGCCAUCUACAGCACCGAGAAAGAAACCCUGCUGUUUGGCAGACAGAAGGAGAGGUGGCAAAGAAGGCUGCUGGAAUUUGGCUUCAAAACGUUUUUGGGUGUUUUUGCAGCAUCUACAGCCAAAAUAGUCUCAUGGAGUGGCAGGGUGGAGGACAGAAGAUUGUGCAAAACACUGAGAGAAAAUGGAAUUGUUUCAGAGGAUAAAGAUUGAGCAGGGAGUGGAGAUCGGCUUGGCUUUGCAAGCUCCCGGAGUACUAUAGCUCACCAAAUGCACCUACCAGAGUGGCACUGCUAAACAGAGGGGUCAGGCUCUGCACAGCAUCCAACACUUCAACACACAAGGACCACCAGUAAAGAAGAAAGGAGGAACCCCAAUGUGUAAAGCAGAGAAAAAGAGAUAUAGAUAUUUUGAGCUUUUUCAUCAUAAGGGGUGGGUGGCUGUGGGGGUGUAAACUGAAUGCCAAGGAAAUAACAGCAUAGCAAUCAUGCGCUGCAAACCUCAAAGCAAGAGUAUGGAUUAAAAUUAACACCUUCAUCUCCCAGCAUUUGGAAAGUGGAGUACUUAAAGUGAACUCUACCAUGAAAAGGGUGAUUGCCCACUUGGCACUGACAGACUAAAAGGUCUCAGGACUUCAAUGAUCAUGGAAAGCCUGCUUCUGGGCGUUUUACUGGUGGGAAGUUUUGCAGUCAUGACAGAGGCCUGCCCAUUCCACUGUGUUUGCCAAAACCUGUCAGAAUCAUUAAGCACUCUCUGUGCCAACAAAGGACUCUUGUUCAUCCCACCAAAUAUUGACAGGCGCACAGUAGAGCUUCGUCUUGCUGACAACUUUAUUAGAGUGGUGGAGCCACAAGACUUUACCAAUAUGACUGGUCUAGUGGAUCUAACUUUGUCCAGGAACACAAUUCACGACAUUCAGCCCUUUGCAUUUGGGGAUCUAGAGAGCCUUAGAUCACUACAUCUUGACACUAACAGACUGACUGAAAUUCAUGAUGAGGAUUUCAGAGGGAUGCUAAACCUUCAGCACCUUAUUAUUAAUAAUAACCAGUUAGUAAAUGUUUCAGCAUUAGCUUUUGAGGAUUUCUUGCUCACUCUAGAAGAUUUGGAUUUAUCUUAUAACAACCUUCAGAAAGUUCCUUGGGAGGCAAUCCAAAAUAUGGUCAACCUUCAUACACUUAACCUAGAUCACAACCUUAUAGACUUUGUCAUGGAAGGAUCUUUUGCUGAGCUUUACAAACUUGCUCGGUUAGACAUGACCUCUAACAGGCUACAGACACUACCUCCAGAUCCUUUGUUUGCCAGAUCUCAGACAGGUGUGAUAAGCCCUACUCCCUACAGCUCUAUCAUUACACUCAAUUUUGGUGGCAACCCACUACACUGUAAUUGUGAAUUGCUCUGGCUCCGAAGACUGGUUCGAGAGGAUGAUAUGGAGACUUGUGCCUCACCCUUACAUCUGGCAGGUCGCUACUUUUGGUCUAUACCAGAAGAAGAGUUUACAUGUGAGCCACCUCUUAUUACAAGACACACUCAUAAGCUUUGGAUACUGGAAGGUCAAAGGGCUACCCUUAGGUGUCGAGCAAUAGGUGACCCAGAGCCUAUGAUUCACUGGGUAUCACCAGAUGAUAAAAUCAUUUCCAACUCAUCCCGAACAGCCUCUUACAGAAAUGGUACCCUGGACAUCUUGGUGACGACAGUACGAGAUGAUGGAGCCUACACUUGCAUUGCUAUCAAUGCAGCUGGGGAAUCUACAGCUUUGGUGGAUUUAAAAAUUAUUCCCCUUCCUCACCGGAGCAAUGGUACUAUUCACAUUGUACAUCAGGACCCUGGAUCCAGUGAUAUUACAACUUCUGCAAAAACGGGAGGGAACAGCACCGAGGGAAGCAGCAGAACUCAAGAGAGGUUGGUUCGGAUAACAGAUGUGACAGCCACAUCUGCAGUUGUUCGAUGGCUAAUUGGGAAAUCUUCCUAUACCGUUUGGAUGUAUCAAAUACAGUACAACUGCACAGUUGAUGAAACUCUAGUGUACAGAAUUUUACCCUCCACAAGCAAAGCAUUUGGACUCAAGAACCUGGUAUCAGGAGUAGACUACGAUUUGUGUGUCCUGGCAAUUUUUGAUGACAUUGUGACUUCUUUGGCAGCAACCAAAGUGGUGGGCUGUGCCCAGUUCACCACCAAAGACGAUUAUCCACACUGCCACUCACUCCAUGCGCACUUCUUGGGAGGCACACUAACAAUCAUUGUUGGAGGAGUAAUUGUAGUCACCUUGUUGGUUUUUACAGUUGUCAUGAUGGUUAAGUACAGAAUCUGCAGCAGUGCCAACUCACUGCCAAAAGUGACUGAUGUAUAUUCCCAAACCAAUGGCAAUCAACUUAUGCCAAAUGGGAUUUUAUCACAACGAAAUAUGGCUCCUCUUCCUAAACCCCCAAUUAUGGCAGAUAAAAAAAGAGCACCAUUUUCAUCCGAGCAUGAUCAUAUGGCCCAAUAUUAUGGAACAAAAAUUCAAUGCAAGAGGGUCAAGCCUAGGUACAGGAGUGAGCAGCAUCACACAAUGCCAGCUACAAAAUUUGCUCUACCACCACCAUCUGCAGAAAACUCACAGGACUACAGCAAUGAAAGGUCUGAAUGGAAAUCCUCUUCCACAAAAGGGGCAACCUGGGAGAGGCCUUCCAGUGUUGGGAUUCCCAAAACCAAGCGUAGCUGCUCAUUUGACAUGGGAGAAAUUGCCACAACAACCUGCUAUAGCUACGCCAAACGGUUAAGUGUGAUCUGGACCAAACGCAGUCAGUCUCUGCAUGGCAUGAUGAUGCACUGUGCAGAAACAACAGACAUUACAGGUAAGAAGAUGAUCUUUCCAAACACAGAUGAGCUGGAAGAAAGUGUAGUGUAAUACUCCAAAAAACAAACAAUGAACAAACAAACAGGAACAAAUCUGAACCACAAGAGGCACAACCUUCCAGGCUAGAUGGUGGUGGCUGUUGAAAAUUACACCAACUCCUCUGACCAGCCUCCACAGGCCACGGAAAUAAAAUGCCCAGGUGUUUGUGUUUUUUUUUUUUCUUUUCUUGUGCUGCCUCUCUGUGCCAAUGGAUUCUGAAAAGUCUCAGAUUGUUAACACACACAAAAAAAACGAGUACAUAGAGUGUACAAAAGGCUGUUGCUUCUUUCAUCCAAGGUCUUUACAGUUUCACAUACACAAAGUCUUCUUUAUUUUUUCCCCCCUUGUAAACCUGAACUUUCAUAGCCUCUUUAAACCCAUAUGCUUUGGUGAUCUAAAUUCACAAGAGGGAGUAUGGAAGAGAAGUGAUAUAAAGAAAAAAAUAUAUAAGGCAGCCAACCAACAAAAACACCAAUGAAGAAAGCUAUCAGAAUUAGUAACUUGUAAGGCUGAGCAAAUAUGCCAUAUUCAGUUUGACACAACAGCUUGGGGUUUGGAGUACAACUGAAUACGCUUCAGCGAGAAAGAGAGAGAUGUCAGAUGGAGCAAAAUCACCUCUGAAGAAAUUACAUUUUCUGAGAAAAAUGAAGAGGAGGAAGUGCAAGUCACAGCAUUCUGUGAUCAUGUUUUUCUUUUUGGUCAGGGUAAUAGACUAGGAGGGUGGGAAAACAUCCAUUUGAUUGUAAUUCCAUUCUUAAAUUUAUACUUUGGUUUUUAGCAUUAAGGAAAGAUAAAUCUGUUUUUCCUGGAUCUACACCUUCCUUAAAAUUUUUAUUUUUUGAUAUACUUAUUUAUAUUACUUUGUUUUAUUUAUGUAUUUUUUAAGGGGGUGUGUGUGCUGAGAAGGGAUUGUAAAGGAUUUAUUAUACUGAGAGACUGGAAACCUCAUAUUGUUUCACUUUUUUAUUUGCCAAAGUUCAUGUAUCCUGACAAACAACAAUAAAAUGUUUUGGGGAUUUUUUUCCCUUUCUUGGCA